AUGUGGUUUAAGUCAGUGCUUUCGUCGGCGUUACUGCUGCUAUUAGCGGGAAGUGCGCAGACUGCAGCGCCGACAGACGAAUAUCAGGAUGCCGACCCGGCACAGUCUGGUUAUCUUCCCAAUCACAACAUCCAUCCGAACAUCGUGAAUAGUCCAAACUUCGGGGAACUAUGGCGGCUCGUUUUCAGUAGGAAUGAGAGGUUUUUGGCAAAACCUCUAGUUUACACACCUUCUAUCCCGGGAUCGAGACAGAUUAUUCUCUUAGCGUCCACACAGAACAAAAUUCAUUCGGUCGAUGCAGUUAAUGGAACCCUCAUUCGAACUCGCGAACUAAUGUCCCCGUUCUUGUCACCCGAUGUCCGUUGUACCGACAUCCCAGAUACUGUUGGAAUUAUCGGAACUCCAAUCAUUGAUCCUUCUACAAACAUCAUGUACUUUUUCUCCAAGGGUUAUAGGGGUGAAGAGAGGGGGAUGGAUAAUGGCAUUUUCCGGUUUUAUGCUGUGAAUGUUCUUACAUUUGAAGAUGUCCCGGGAUACCCCUUUGUAGUCGACGGAGUGCCCUCAGAUACGGACCCGGACAAGUACUUUGUCAGUGGCACACAUAAUCAGAGACCUUCACUAGCCCUGAUCAACAAUGUCGUCUAUGCCGGUUUUGGUUCACAUUGCGGCCAGUUUAACCAUACCGGAUGGCUUUUUGGCAUACAUACUCAAAGCAGAGAAAUUGUUAGCGUCUUCUCAACCACGAGCGCUCCAUUCACAAAACCCCAGACUGGAACUAUUGAUGGUGGCGGUGGUGGAGCUUCCAUCUGGCAGGGCGGAAUGGGCUUGUCUACUGAUGCCAACAACCGCAUGUUUUUCGUGGCGGCCAACGGGAAAGCCCACCAAAAUAUAGACACUCCAGCGAGUGGCAAGACACCUCUUAAGACGCUUAAUAACGCUAUUGUCAAUAUCAAAAUCGACCCGGAGACUGGAAAGAUUUCGCUCUUCGAUUAUUUUCAACCUUUUGAUUACUCCAGUCUUGAUGCUGCUGAUAGAGAUUUGGGAUCAUCGGGUCUUACCCUCCUGGACCCCACUGUCUUCAAAACGGCAGGUAUUGCGAGAAUGGGAGUCACAGCUGGAAAGAAUGCAAAGGCUUACGUUGUUAAUCUUGACGACCUUGGCGGAUACAGGCUCAGCUCGGAGGGAAAAGAUAGCUGCAUUCAGACUAUUCAACUAGACAACUCCGUUUUUGGUGGAGCAGGCAGCUACCCACUGGAGGGUGGAUAUUUUUACUUUACUCCUACCCGAUCGCCACUCGUCGCCUAUAAAUUUGGGACAGACGUGAACGGAAAGCCAGUUUUCACAUUGGCUGGGAAAUCCAGCGCAGAAAUUGGAGGAAGGAUGGGCGCUGUUACAGUUACUUCAUACAAGGGCCACGAAGGCACUGGAAUUGCUUGGAUCUGUGACAACAACCGCGGACUACGGGCAUUCCAUGCUGUUCCUGAAAAUGGAGAAAUGGUUGAAAUCCCUAUUCCAUCAACAGGUGGUAUAGGCAAAUUCGCAAGACCCGCCUUUGGGGAUGGCCGUGUAUAUGUCACCAACUCGGCAGGUCAUCUAAUUGCGCUGGGUGCACCCACAAAUCCUCCAUUGAGCUGUGACGAUCCAAUCGAUUUUGGCCAGUUAACCAUCGGACAAUCGAAAACCAUUACUGUGACUUGUACUGGGAACAUUGCCACCAAGGUCAACGGCGCGGUUGUAUCAGAUGGAUCAUUUAGUGUCCAGAACUCCUCUUUUCCGACAGCACAAAUUAAGAAGGAUGGUGUUUUCACAUUCCCAGUCGUUUGGGAUCUCACGACUGGCUCACAUAAGCCAGGCCCCGAGUCCGCCGUCAUCAAUAUUCUAACAACGAACGCAGUUGCUAAGUAUAUGACAUCUCAACCACUAGAUCUGCGUGGAACCAUAGCCUCUUCUGGUCCGUUCCUUGAUGUUAAUCCCGCCACCGUCGAUUUUGGAAGCGUGAUUGUUGACGACGAAUCUGCCACUGAUGUUUCCAUUGGUUUCACACUCUCGAAUACUGGGUCGACUUCAUUGCAGAUCACAAAGAUUACAUACACUUUGACAAGCCAGGUUAAUAACACUGAUAUCACAUAUUCCAAUGUCGUUUACAAUGGAGACGGUACCGCCAACGCUGGCUCGAGUUUCACACUUUCGGCGCUGCCAACCUCCGGGCAAUCGAUUGCAGUUGGUGCUAGCCUUUCUGUCACAGCAAACUUCAAAGCGGUAAACGGCGUUGGAGGUUAUAACUCUGUUCUCAAAAUCGAGUCUAAUGGCGGCACCCACAAGAUUUUGCUCACCGGCCGUGCCACAACAGCUCCAAAAACUCGUUUCGAAAUACAGAACUCCCAAGGUCAAUGGGAAGAAAGAUUUUCGGUUAACUUCGGAGACGUCGUUUCGGGCCAGUCGGAAACUCGAAAAAUCCGAGUUUGCAAUGACGGUGGCGCAACUUUGAUCGUUACCUUGUCUAAGCCACCUGGUGGGCUCGAGAUCUUUGCCCCAUUUCCAGCUGACGAUUUGUACGAAGGAUACAACGUUGCGGCGGGAGAAUGUGGACUUGCGACUAUAAAGUUUCAACCACUACCAAUGGUGCCGAACACGGAUUCACACUCUGUAUCGGAAACAUGGGUACUCAAUGUGAAUGAAGCAAAUUGGGAUAUUCAUAGAGUUACAUUCGAAGGAAGAGCCGUAUCUAGGCAGUUGGGCCCUCUACUACCUGACGGGACAGCUCGUUAUAAAUAUCUGGGAUGCUAUCAGGACGGCAGGAGCGGGCGACUCUUUACCAAAAAUACAGGCCUUGGGGAUCAAGCCACAGUCGGACAAUGCGCUCAGACCGGACUAAAUAAUAAUUUUAUUUUUGCAGGAACACAAUACCGCAAAGAAUGCUGGCAGGGAAAUACUCCUCCACCAAGUAUCUACUUUUACCCAGAGAGUGAUGCCAAGUGCACUUGGGGUUGCACAGGAGAUACGACACAGCCUUGUGGUGGCAAUGGCCAAUUCAUGAAUGUCUUCUACGACAGCACAAGAUAUACACCACCAAGCCCAGACGGUUCGGUGACCACAAGUUCGACGACUAUAAGUUCGACGACGACCAGUCGCACGACUACAUCCUCUACUUUGUCGACUACUACGAGCUCGUCUACUACUCUGUCAACCACUACGAGCUCCUCUACCACGACGUCGACUACGAAGUCUACAACCUCGUCUACAACUACAUCAUCUACUACAACUUCAUCUACUACGGCGUCUACUACGCCAUCUACGACACCAUCUACUACACCAUCCACUACACCAUCCACUACACCAUCCACUACACCAUCCACGACAACAUCAAGCUCCUCAACGACCAUAUCAACCACAAAAUCCACUACACCUUCAACAACCACUACAACCACCACUACAACCACCACAACAACAUUCAUGACAUCCACUAUAACGUCCACCACCUCGACUUCAACUUCAUCCUCAGCACCAGCAAGGCCCGCAACAGAUCCUACCAAACGUUGGGAAGACAAAGGAUGUUGGCUUGAUCCUCCCGCAGCAUAUGUUAAAGCCGUUCACCCACAUAUCAAAUACGCCACAGAUCUCAUGACAACGCAACACUGCCUUGAAUAUUGCGAGACCCGGAAUUAUGUCUGGGCAGGUCUAGAGUAUAGACGGGAAUGUUAUUGUGCAAAUGAGUUUAUCGGUGAAGAGAAGAGUACUUGCACAUUAACUUGUAUGGCAAAUACAACAGAAAUGUGUGGUGGUUCGAGAAGGAUGAACGUUUAUAAUCUUGUGAAGCUAGAUUAA